GGUUAGGGGUGGACUGGACCUGCUGCUCGCCCUCCACAUGCGUUUCCGGUGAGGCCCUGCCACCUGCCCGCUGUGAAGGGUGAGGGGCAGGUUUGGGGAGGCUGCGGAGCACUGAAAGCCAGCCUGAGCUAGGGGCAUGCCUGGGGACCCCCCACCCCCAGCUGCGGGGGAGGGGAACACAGGGGCUGAGGUCCCUGAGUCAGGGACAGUGACUGGAGCCCUCUGGUGGACUUAGUAAGAAGGGUGAUUGGCCUUUAAAGGUUUGCAGAGAGAGGCUAAUGGGAGUGGAGGACAGAGGGCUCCCGCCCCCACCAUGCCGUCAGCAGGCCGGGUGGGACCUCGGGGCUGGAGGGCUGGGCUGAGUGGGCGCCCAGCCAACAGGUGCAGGCAGGGAGAAGGUUCUGCCUGAGGACCUGCCUGCAGGAGGCAGCCGCCGGCCCCAGCUGCAGGCCCCUCCCUUCCUCUGCCCUCAGACAGUUUCACUUUUGUUUCCUGGACCAGGGCUUCUGCCGGCUCAGCAGGUUUGGGGCGGCCCCAGCAGCCGGCAGUGUAGGGCUCCGAUGGCAGAGGAAGAGGCGGCGGGGGCGGCCCUGGAGCUCGGCGGGCUGCCCCCCGACAUCCCGGACGAGCUGCUCACCCUCUACUUCGAGAACCAGCGCCGCUCUGGGGGGGGCCCCGUGCUGAGCUGGCAGAGGCUCGGCCGCGGGGGCGUGCUCACUUUCCAGGAGGCCUCAGACGCCGCCCGGGUGCUGGCCCAGAAGGAGCACGUGCUGCAGGGCGCCCGGCUGAGCCUGCGGCCGGCCCCACCCCCCGCGCCCUCCCGCCUGCUGCUCCAAGGCCUGCCCCCGGGGACCACCCCCCAGCGCCUGGAGCAGCACGUCCAGGCCCUGAUGCGUGCCACGGGGCAGCCGGAGCAGCCCUGCCGUGCCCUGGCCAGCCCCCGCCCAGACCGGGCCCUGGUCCAGCUGCCCCAGCCCCUCUCGGAGGCAGAAGUCCGGGAGCUGGAGAAGCAGGCCCGGGCCCUGGACCUGGAUGGGGCCACGGUCUCCCUGGCGGGGGUGCCCCAGGCCCGGGCGGUGCGCGUGGUGGGGGGCACGGCCCCUGCGGACCCGCUGCUGCUGCAGCUGUACCUGGAGAACGAGCGCCGGAGCGGAGGGGGCGCCCUGGCGGGCCUGCGCAGCCUGCCGGGGCCCCUGGGCGCCGUGGUCUCCUUCCAGCAGUGGCAGGUGGCCGAGCGGGUGCUGCAGCAGGACCACCGGCUGCGGGGCUUGGAGCUGAGCCUGGUCCCCCACUACGACGUCCUGGAGCCCGAGGACCUCGCGGCGGACACCGGAGGAGGGGACCGCUCCGCCACGCUGGGGCCUGGGGCCGCUGAGCAGGCUCUUCUGGAGGCUGGAGAGCCAGCGAGGACCCUGCAGGGUGUGGGGACCGUGACCUCGGCCUCUGAGGAGGCGCCAGGCCCAUCAGGAGUCCCUGGAAGGACAGAGCCCACCGGGUCUGUGGGGCCCGUGGGGGCUUGGGACCAGGAGGGGCUAGAGAGCCUGGGGCCCCCAGGGCCUUCAGGGCAGGCAGAGCCGGUCAGCUCCAGCCCUGCGGAGUCCCCGGGCCCCGUGGGCUCAGUGGAGACCGCCCUGGGGCCUGCAGAGCAGGUGGGAUCCGGGAGCCUGGAGCCUGGGGGGUCCCCGGAGCCGGCGGGGCUGGUGGAGACGGUGCUGUCGAUGGAGCCGGGCGCCAUGCGCUUCAUGCAGCUGUAUCACCAGGACCUCCUCGCUGGCUUGGGCGACGUCGCCCUCUUCCCCCUUGAGGAGGCAGAUGUGACCGGCUUUCGACUCUGCGGAGCCCGGGCCCCGUGCCAGGCCGCGGAGGAGUUCCUGCAGAGCCUGCUGGGCAGCAUCGGCUCCCACCUGCUGAGCCUGAGGCACCCGGGCAGCGCGAGGUUCCUGCUGGGCCCCGAGGGGCAGCACCUGCUCCGGGAGCUGGAGGCUCGGUUCCAGUGCGUCUUUGGGACGGAGCGCCUGGCUGGGGACGACCUGGACACAGACCCCACAGAGGUGGACCCCACUGAGGCCCUGCAGGCCCCCCCUGGCCAGUCCCAGGCUCCGUGGCCCCCAGACAGCGAAGACGGGGACCUCGAGAGCCUGAGCCUCGAGGCGGUCCGAGAGCUGCUGGCCACUCUGGAGGGCCUGGACGGGGAGGACAGGCCACCCCUGGAGCUGGGGGAGGAGGAACCGGAGGAGCCGCCAGAGGAGGAGCCUGCACCCAGCGCCCGGGAGGAGCCCCAGGCCCCCGCGGGGCUGGAGGAGGCGGCCGCGCUGCAGCUGGCUCUCCACCGGUCCCUGGAGCCGCAGGGCCGCGCGGCGGAGCAGGAGGAGGCGGCCGCGCUGCAGCAGGCGCUGGCCCUCUCCCUGCUGGAGCCGGCCCCCCUGCAGGCCGAGGAGGAGCUCCUGGGCGGGGGCCCUGCUGGCCGGGCCCAGCUGGUGGUGCAUGCGGACUUUGAGCAGGACAUGGAGGAGCUGGACCGGGCCCUCGGGGCCGCCCUGGAGGGGCACCUCCGGGAGGAGACGGUGGGGCUCCGGGGCCCCACGCUGCCCGCGGAGCUGCGUGCCCGGCUGGAGCAGCGCCACGGCGUGAGCGUCGCCCUUCACGAGGACCGCGCCCUCCUGCGCGGCUUUGGGGCCCAGCCCGCCCGUGCAGCCCGCCACUUACGGGCGCUCCUGGCCGGCCCCUGGGGUCAGAGUCCGCCCGACCUUUCGGAGGCGUCCAGCCCCGCCGGUGAGCCUGCACCUGGGACAGGGGAGGGCGGCAGGGCCGGCUCUCCGAACCCACCAGACCUUCUCUCUCCCCACGUGGCAGGGCCGCGGCGGAGCCCGGAGGGGCCCCUGGGCAGGCUGGAGGGUCUGGCCGAGAACAGCCCCGAGUUCCGGGCGGUGGUGCAGGCCUUCUACGACACCCUGGACUCUGCCCACAGCCGGGUCCGCGUCGUCCGGGUGGAGCGCCUGGAGCACCCGCUGCUGCAGCAGCAGUACGAGCUGCACCGAGCGCGCCUGGAGCAGCGCUGUGAGCAGCGGCCGGUGGAGCACGUCCUGUACCACGGCACGUCCGUGCCCGCCGUCCCCGAGAUCUGUGCCUACGGCUUCAACCGCAGCUUCUGCGGCCGCAACGGCACGCUGUACGGACAGGGCGUGUACUUCGCCAAGCGCGCCUCUCUCUCCGUGCAAGACCGCUACUCGCCGCCGGACGCCGAGGGCCACAAGGCCGUGUUUGUGGCGCGGGUGCUGACCGGGGACUACGGGCUGGGCCAUCGCCAGCUGCGGGCGCCCCCUCUGCGCGCCCCGGGCCACGGGCUCCUGCGUUACGACAGCGCCGUGGACUGCCUCCGCCAGCCCAGCAUCUUCGUCAUCUUCCACGACACCCAGGCGCUGCCCACCCACCUCAUCACGUGCGAGCACAUACGCGGGGCCCCGCAUCCGGACCCCUCUGGGCUCUCGGGCCCCUCCCCGGCCUCCUAGCCCCAGCGGCCCCCUCGGCUCUGUCUCUGGCCCCGUCUCCGGCCUCCUGUUCUCCGCAGGCCGCAGCCGCACACGGCCUGACAGACCUGCUGCCCGGGCCCCCUCCCCCCUCCCUGUGGAGGCGCGGGGACGGGGAGCAGCCGGGAGGGGGGCGGGUCCCCGCAGGGCGGGCCCGGCCGCCAGGGGUCAGCAGAGCCCAGGAGGAGGCUGACGCCGACACCCUCCGGAGGCCACACCUCGCUGCUGCGCGACUCUGUCAUUUGAAUAAACGUGGAGCCCGGC